UUAUUCUUCUCCGUCGUCUGUUUCUUCUCCUCUGCUCAAAAUCACAAAUCGUCAAGCUUCCUUUUUUAUCUACAUUCCUUUUAAGUUUAUUCAGUUCGAUUCGUCUUCAAUGUCUACUGGAUCUCCAUUACUGUCGGAGUAUCACUAAAAGUCAAUUCAUUUACGAAGGAGGAGGCUUUGCGUCUGCAAUGUCCAAAGCCAUGGAACCAAACUCGAAAUCGAGGAAAGAAAGCAUCUUGAUCAAAUACGCAACCUUCUCGCGACUUCUCGUCCUCUUCUUAACCCUUAUGUGGCGGAGCUUCCUCCAACCCUACGAUACAUCCGCGGCGCUCAACCCUCCCUGCCUUCAUCACAGAGACGAAGUCGUCGCGGAAGAUUCUCCUCCUCCGUUGCUACUAGCUAACUCCUCAGUAUCGAGGACGCUUGAGAACAGCGUCGUCUGGGACAGCGUGUACUUCCUCAGGAUCACGGAGUGUGGUGGGUACGAGUAUGAGCAGACCUACGCCUUCUUGCCUCUCCUUCCCUUCUUCAUCUCCCUUCUCUCUCGCACAGUUUUUGCGCCUUUGGUUCCGUUGAUUGGUCUUCGAGCUGUAAUGGUGUUGUCUGGUUACGUUGUCACCAACGUGGCCUUCGUAUUUGCUGCUAUCUAUCUCUUCAGAGUUUCAGUUAUUAUCUUGAAGGACACUGAAGCUUCGUUCAGAGCUUCUGUUAUCUUCUGUUUCAAUCCAGCCUCCAUAUUCUAUUCAUCAAUAUAUUCAGAAAGUCUGUAUGCUCUGUUUUCUAUUGGAGGCGUGUACCACUUGUUAUCCGGCACCAGCAAUGUGGCUGUUCUCUGGUUUGCUCUUUCUGGCUGUGCAAGGUCCAAUGGGAUUCUCAAUGCUGGUUAUAUCUGUUUCCAGACUAUGCAUCGAGCAUACGAAGCUUUUUCUCUUAAAAGGCGCCUUUGUUUAUCUGUGCAGGUUUUCGUUACUGGAUUUAUUCGAUGCGUGUGCAUUUGUCUUCCUUUUGUCGCAUUUCAAGCAUACGGAUACUAUAACAUAUGUCAUGGACAUAAGCUAGAUGAAUUGAGGCCUUGGUGCAAAGGAAAAGUACCUUUGCUCUAUAACUUCAUUCAAAGUCAUUACUGGGGAGUAGGCUUCCUUAGAUACUUUCAGUUCAAACAGCUUCCCAACUUUCUGCUUGCAUCCCCAAUUCUGUCUCUAGCUUUGUGUUCUAUUGUAAGUUACGUGAAGACUCGGCCUGAGCUCUUUCUUUCUCUGGGCUUUCAAGCUACUGAGAAAGAAAAGAGAUCUUCUGCGAGGCUUUAUUCUCUCAAGGAUGUGCUUGAGCCAGAUGUUAUUAUAACUUCAUCAAAUGAAGGGAACCGUGACAUUAGGCAGCGAAAACUGAGCCGGAAGAAGGAUGUGACUGUCACCGAUACAGCUGCCGAAUCUAACUCGUCAUCAGGAUACUUUUCAGCUGAUGUCUUCCCAUUUGUCGUACACUUGGGUCUAAUGGCAGCUACUGCGUUCUUCAUCAUGCAUGUUCAGGUUGCAACACGGUUCUUGUCAGCGAGCCCUCCUCUUUACUGGUUUGCAUCUCAUUUGAUUGCAUCUCCUAAACAUAAUAGUAAAUGGGGAUACUUGAUAUGGUCAUAUUGUGCUGCCUAUAUCCUUCUUGGAUCUCUUCUCUUCUCAAACUUUUAUCCAUUCACUUGAUUUAAAGAGUCUCAGCAUGUAAAAGUAGAGAACCAACCGGUUAGUUUUUUUUAUUUGCUCUGCUAUGUGCUCACUGUUUCCCAUGUGGCUAUAGACAAAGAUAUGAAGAUAUUAUUUAUUGAUGAAGUUUUGUGUAAUCAAAAUCAUCAAAUAUUAUGAAAUGAAUAUAAGAACACAACAAAAUAAAACAUGUACAGCAAUAAGCUUUUGAAGCAUAAGUAGAAUUGAGAGUGAGACACACCAUUAGUAUUUUGAAAUAUAAUAAGGUAAAGAGGAAGAGAAAGGUGUUCUACAACACUUCCGGUUAGUGUCAAUCAUGACAAUGGCAAACUCGUGCUCUCUCAACAUAUAGACGCUGUUUAUGACUCUGAUUUUGACUCUGCCAUUUGAAUUUGAUUUAGAUGGAAUACAAAUAGCUUCAGACUUGGAGAGGAAAAUGCAGAGAUGUCCAAUGUCUUUGGUGUAAACAGCGUUCCCUUCCUUGUCUAUCUUCAACACAAGGAAAUGAUCCCAUAAUUUCAAAGUAUCGGCGGCGGCAAUGGGACAGCUCUCUCUGUACCACUUCACCAUAAAAGUCUCAUCAGUGUGUAAAGACUCCACUAAGUAGUGUUGCUUUGUACAACAAGACUCUAAUCUCUGCCACUCGUCCUCUGUCAUUUCCGGAAAUGAAUCUCCAUCGGGAAGCCGCAGCAUCUGCACCUUUGGUUCCUUUAUGUGUCUCCCAAGAUCCCAUGAUCCAGUGUAGUGGCCUCUAGAUGCAGGCAUGGAGAACAUCUCAUCUCUCUUAGAGUACAUUACAAGGGAGGAGAAGAAGCUGGGGUCUGUGAUUCUGAUGUUGCUCCACUUGCAAUCUUUCUGAGCAGGCCUGCACAAGCUUAGCUGAGGUCCUAAGAACUUGACGGCCACAAUACAGUCUUCAUCCUCGUCAGGAGAAGAAGAGGACAUGGCUACGUUGGUCACGAUUUGGGUUUGGCAAUGAGGCAGAGUUACAAAAGGAGGAAGAGGGAUGCGUUUCGGGUCUGUAUCAGGGAGAUGUAUGCCAUCUUGAAGACAAACCACUCCGUUUUUCAAAGUUGCUACCCAGCCAUGGGAUGCUCCUAUGACUCCUAUCUCCUUCAGUGACUCCAUAGGCACCUUAAGAGAAGGAAUCGAGAUAGUUUCGCUAGAUACUGGUUCCCAUGAUUCAGCACCCCUGACGUAAUAGAUUGGGGGAGACGAGAAGCACCGAGAAGAGGUGGUGAGGUUUCUCUGCGUAAUGAUUAGUUUGUAAUUAAACCAAACAUACGAAAGCAACAAAAAAUAAAAAAAUAAAAAGGAGAGCAGCCAUGUGACUAGACAAAGAGAAGAUGGAGGUAGCUUGCUUACUCGGAGGAGGGAUAGCUUGAGCCGCCUGAGAAGAUGAGACAUGGCUGCAGAAGAUUAAAUCUUUCUACCGGAUAAAAAAUAUAUAAACCCUUGGCAACCAAGUCUUAUUUUCCUAUUAUUACUACGUACUCUAAUAAGUGAAUAUUCCCGAACUUGUAAUUGUUCAACUAUGUGAGCAUGGUUAUAAUUUGGUGUUAAAAGAUUUAUUUCAAUAACAGUGGAAUAAGCAUAUAUGCCCUCUUGGCAAAAGAACGUACUCUUUCAGACCAAAUCAGAACUGAAGUCAUUU